AUGUCUCCCUCUCUCUCCGCAAUCGAAUCUUUCUCUGCGCCUGCGCAAAACUUCACAUUCGAUGGCAUUCUUUCAGACUUUGAUGGAACGAUUGUGGACUCUACAGCUGCCAUUGUCAAGCACUGGUACAAAAUUGCAGCCGAGCUAGGCGUUGACCCCGAGGUUAUCCUGGCCACCUCCCAUGGCCGGAGAAGCAUCGAUACAAUGGCACUCUACGACGAGUCAAAGGCCAAUUGGGAAUGUACGCCAGACCCUGACACUCCCCUCCUUCUACAGUCUAUACUAACCACCACUACCUCCACAGACGUGAACUACAUCGAAGGCCGCAUCCCCAAAGAAUACGGCUCCGACGCCAAAGAGAUCCCUGGAGGCCGUGACCUCCUCCGCGCCCUCGAAACCUCCGGCGCAAAAUGGGGCGUCGUGACUUCCGGCACACGCGCCCUUAUCGACGGCUGGCUCGAAGUCCUCGGCCUCACACACCCAGAGAAACUCGUUGUCGCCGAGGACGUGCCCCUCGGCAAGCCGGAUCCGCGUUGCUACCUCCUUGGUCGCAAGCAGAUUGAGCUGGAAGAUCCAGAGUCGACCUCCGUUUUGGUGCUCGAGGAUGCGCCGUCAGGUAUUAAGGCUGGAAAGGCUGCUGGGUUCAAGGUUCUUGCUCUGGCGACGACACAUUCGUUGGAGCAAUUGCGUGCGGCGGGUGCGGAUUGGAUUGUUGAGGAUUUGAGGAGUUUGAUUGUGACGGGUGUUGUUGAUGGGAAGGUAAAUGUUGAGAUUCGGAAUGCCUUGCAAUAA